GUGAAAUGGAGAGGACCAACGUUGAUCUGCAGAGAAAAUCUUUCUCCUGUUCCAUCUGUCUGGAUCUACUGAAGGAUCCAGUCACUCUUCCCUGUGGACACAGCUUCUGUCGGAGCUGUGUUCAAGGUUACUGGGGCAGAGGAUUGAUUGGGAGCAACUGCCAGUGUCCUCAGUGCAGACGGACCUUCACCCCGAGGCCUCUCCUGCAGAAGAACGUCAUGUUAGCAGAGUUAGUGGAGGAGCUGAAGAAGACUGGACUCCAAGCUGCUGACCUCUGCUAUGCUGGACCUGAAGAUGUGGCCUGUGACUCCUGCACUGGGAGGAAGCUGAAAGCCCUCAAGUCCUGUCUGGUGUGUCUGACCUCUUACUGUGAGCUACACCUCCAGCCUCAUCUAGAAGCUCCGGCCUUCAGGAGACACAAGCUGGUCCAGCCGUCCAAGCAGCUCCAGGAGAUCCUCUGCCCUCAACACGACGAGGAGAAGAAGAUGUUCUGUCGUACUGAUCAGAAGGUCAUCUGUCACCUCUGUGCUGUGGACCAACACAAAGACCACCACAUUGUCUCGGCCGCAGCAGAGAGAAGAGAGCGAGAGAAAGAGGUGGAUCAGAGUCGAGGAAGGAUCCAGCAGAGGAUCCAGGAGAGAGAGGAAGAGCUGAAGCUGCUUCAGCAGGAGCAGAAGACCAUCAGAGACUCUGCUGAUAAAGCAGUGAAGGACAGUCAGGAGAGCCUCCAGCAGAUGAUCCAGAACCUCCAGAGAAGAAUGUCUGAUGUGGAGCAGCAGAUCAGAUCCCGGCAGGAGACUGAAGCCGCCCGAGUCCGAGGGCUUCAGGAGCCGCUGGAGCAGGAAAUCGCUGAGCUGAAGAAGAAAGAUGCUGAGCUGCAGCAGCUGUCACUCACCGACAGUCACUUGGUCUUUCUCCAGAACUGGUCCUCACCCUCAGAGGUCAGUGAAGACACGCUCUCCUCCAGGACCCAUGUCCGUCCUCACUGCUGCUUUGAGGAAGUGACAGCAGCCGUGUCAGCCAGCAGAGAGCGACUCCAGGACCUUCUGAGAGACACCUGCACCAACAUCUCACUCAUGCUCGCGCCACAGACCAGAGCUGAGUUCCUCAGGUUCUCACGGGACAUCACUCUGGAUCCAAACACUGCAGGCUCAUGGUUGUUGUUGUCUGAAGGAAACAGGAAAGUGACAGACAUGGGAGUAGGUCAAUCUCCUCCUCAUCCAGACAGAUUCAUUAAAUAUUUUCAGGUCCUGAGUAAAGAGCCUCUGACGGGACGUUGUUACUGGGAGGUGGAGAGAACAAAAGUCAUUCAUGUAGCAGUCUCAUACAAGAACAUCAGCAGAUCAGGAGAAGAAAGUGGAUUUGGAUUUAAUGACAAAUCUUGGUCUUUAUAUUUUGAUGACACUGAUUGUUCAUUCAUACACAACAGCAUCGUAACUGAAGUCUCCACAGCUCCACCCUCCAGAGUGGGAGUGUACCUGGAUCACUCUGCAGGUCUUCUGUCCUUCUACAGCGUCUCUGGAACCAUGACCCUCCUCCACAGAGUCCACACCACCUUCACUCAGCCUCUACACGCUGGAGUCUGGCUCGGGAAGAAAUCGUCUUGUGAGUUCCUGAAGAGCCACAUCCUCACGCUGCUGUUUGUGGAUGAGGCCGGCGGCGACAGCAGCUGGGAGUCACAUGGCAACAUGGAGAGUGAAAUGGAGAAGACCAACGUUGAUCUGCAGAGAGAAUCCUUCUCCUGUUCCAUUUGUCUGGAUCUACUGAAGGAUCCAGUCACUCUCAACUGUGGACACAGCUUCUGUCAGGUCUGUGUUGAAGGUUACUGGGGCUCAGAAGGUGAGAGGAACAUCUGCCAGUGUCCUCAGUGCAGACGGACCUUCACCCCGAGGCCUCUCCUGCAGAAGAACAUCAUGUUAGCAGAGUUAGUGGAGGAGCUGAAGAAGACUGGACUCCAAGCUGCUGACCUCUGCUAUGCUGGACCUGAAGAUGUGGCCUGUGACUCCUGCACUGGGAGGAAGCUGAAAGCCCUCAAGUCCUGUCUGGUGUGUCUGACCUCUUACUGUGAGCAACACCUCCAGCCUCAUCUAGAAGCUCCGGCCUUCAGGAGACACAAGCUGGUCCAGCCGUCCAAGCAGCUCCAGGAGAUCCUCUGCCCUCAACAUGAUAAGGUGAAGGAGAUCUUCUGUCGUACUGAUCAGCAGGUCAUCUGUCACCUCUGUGCUGUGGACCAACACAAAGACCACCACAUUGUCUCAGCCGCAGCAGAGAGAAGAGAGCGAGAGACUGAAGUGGAUCAGAGUCGAGGAAGGAUCCAGCAGAGCAUCCAGGAGAGAGAGGAAGAGCUGAAGCUGCUUCAGCAGGAGCAGAAGACCAUCAGAGACUCUGCUGAUAAAGCAGUGAAGGACAGUCAGGAGAUCCUCCAGCAGAUGAUCCAGGACCUCCAGAGAAGAAUGUCUGAUGUGGAGCAGCAGAUCAGAUCCCAGCAGGAGACUGAAGCCGCUGGAGUGCGAGAACUUCAAGAGCAGCUGGAGCAGGAGAUCACUGAGCUGAAGAAGAAAGAUGCUGAGCUGCAGCAGCUGUCACUCACCGACAGUCACUUGGUCUUUCUCCAGAACUGGUCCUCACCCUCAGAGAUCAGUGAGGACACGCUCUCCUCCAGGACCCACGUCCGUCCUCACUGCUGCUUUGAGGAAGUGUCAGCAGCCGUGUCAGCCAGCAGAGAGCGACUCCAGGACCUUCUGAGAGACACCUGCACCAACAUCUCACUCAUGCUCGUGCCACAGCCCAAGACCAGAGCUGAGCUCCACAGGUUCUCACGGGACAUCACUCUGGAUCCAAACACUGCAGGCUCAUGGUUGUUGUUGUCUGAAGGAAACAGGAACGUGAGGAACAUGGGAGAAGAUCAAUCUCCUCAUCAUCCAGACAGAUUCAUUAAAUAUUUUCAGGUCCUGAGUAAAGAGCCUCUGACGGGACGUUGUUACUGGGAGGUGGUGAAGACAGGAAUAGUUAUAGUAGCAGUCUCAUACAAGAACAUCAGCAGAUCAGGAGAAGAAAGUAGAUUUGGAUAUAAUGACAAAUCUUGGUCUUUAUGGUGUGACGACUCUGGUUGUUCAUUCAGACACAACAGCAUCUCAACUAAAGUCUCCACAGCUCGACCCUCCAGAGUGGGAGUGUACCUGGAUCACUCUGCAGGUCUUCUGUCCUUCUACAGCGUCUCUGAAACCAUGACCCUCCUCCACAGAGUCCACACCACCUUCACUCAGCCUCUACACGCUGGAGUCUGGCUCGGGAAUAAAUCGACUUGUGAGUUCCUGAAGCUGAACUAGACAACAGUGUGAGCUUGUGGAUUUGUUUAUUUCAAUGCAGUGAUGAUCUGUUUGUCACUUAAAAUAUGCAAAUACCUGGUGAUCUACACAUAAAAUGUCCUUGUGCAUGAUUUUCAUGUUGUAAUUAUUGUGAGUUUUCCUCCUAUCAUCUUUGGCUGCAUGUCCCUCUGGACAGUUCCAUGAAAUGCAUCUGACUGAGGUCAUCUCUCUGUGUUAUUGUGUGUUGCUGUGUCUUCUCUCUUGUGUAGAUACUGUCAGUUUUAGCUUCAGAAAAUCUAGUUUUGAUGGAGCAAUGUUUCCCCUGGAUCUGAGCAGCAGCUUUCACGCGUGUGGAGAAGAGUUGGAGGUUUGGAUGGAGCCAUGUGAGGGGACAUGAGUGGCACUGGAAUGAUGACUCAGAUACACAUGUGCAUGAAGAAUCUAGUGUAAAAAUGGUGAAUGGCAGCAGGAUCAGAAUGUACAUCACAAUAAAAAGGU